UCCCUCCAUGCCAUCGCCCAACCUGCUCAAGGUUCCAACUGACUCUGCAUCGUCUCUCCUCCUCCUCUUCCUCUUCUUCUUUCUCCUCCCUCUUCAUCCGUCUCCUCAUCCUCUGCAUCCUCUCGUUUCCUUCCUCUCGUUUCUGUUUUGCCCUUGUCUUUGCUCAUUGGAGGGCGACACGUGAUUGGCAAUCCAAUCCUUUCGUUUCGCAUUUGUCGUCCUGGGUUUUGUUAGAUUCUGCUUGGGCUUCUUUUCUUUUCGAACCUGUCUCAUCUUAUUUUUACUUUUUUUUUUUUUUCUGAGAAAAAAAAAAUUCUUCUAUAUUAUUGUAUUUUAUUUUACUAUUUGUUUUGCCUGGUGUGCAAUCGCUCGCCCGAAGGCCUCUGUCGGCAGUUCCCCAGCAUCGACCCUUCGUUCUACUACUACUACUACUGCUGCUGCCGACUUCCUUGGAGCUAUCUCCUUCAUUUGCUCCGACGCUUCAGGAAUCCUCCUACUCUCGGUAAUUGACGUUCUUCACUGCGUCUAGGGACCGCCGUUGACCUCCCAGGCCCGGGUGGGAACGCCUCCUUCCCUGCCUUUCCGUCAUGGCUCCUUCGCACUUGCGCGUUUUGUCCGUGGGCAGCAAUGCAAUCUCGGCUUUCCUUUCCUGGCGACUCCAAGCCACAGCAUCCUGCGAUGUAACGCUCGUCUGGAAAACGGGCUUUGAAUCCGUCGCCCAGUAUGGUGUCUCAUUCAAGUCAAAAUUAUUUGGCAAUGAACGCUUCAAACCUCGCCAUGUGGUGCGCGCCCCGGAAGAGGCUUGCUCCAGAGAAACAACAUACGACUAUGUCAUCCUAUGUGUAAAGGCCCUACCAGACGUGUACGAUCUCGCAGCCGUCAUCGAACCAGUCGUUACCCCACAACAUACAUGCAUCCUUGUAAAUACUACCAACACCCUGGGCGUCGAGUCGCAACUCGAACAGCGAUAUCCGACAAACGUCAUCCUUUCUAUUGUUUCGAACGUGGAAAUCUCCCAGAUCGGUUCCAGCGAGUUCGAACAUCUGAAUUCCACGGAGGUUUUGAUUGGUGUCGCGAACAAGGAGGCCACGAUUCCUACUUCGUUGCAGAAAGAAAUGGCCUCGGCUUUCGCUCAGACGCUGGGGACUGGGCAGGUCGACUGCAGAGUCUCGCCUAACAUCAAACAGGAACAAUUUGAGCGGAUGAUUGGGCCAAUUGCCUUCCAUCCUGUUGGGGUUCUGUUUGACACACCAGAUUGCUCUCAGUUGCUACAAAAAGUUGGAGUUCGUCAGUUAAUUUCAGAUGUCAUUGAUGAGCUUAUCGAGCUGGCGUCCGCCCAGGGCUGCUCGUUUCCCGAAGAUUUUCGCCAGAGGACUAUCGACAAAAUGGUAGCGCAGGAUACACCCAGCACCAUGUACCAGGAUUUCCAGGCCCGACGCCCAAUGGAAGUCGAGACCUUCCUGGGGUCGCCGAUCAAGUCGGCCAUCGCCACCGGCGUCCGCAUUCCACGCAUCGAAACCCUCUACGCGAUGCUGCAUCACGUCAACAUAGCCAACCAGAACAGAGAUAUGCCGCCUCCGGUUUUGGCACAGCCUCCACCGCGUUUGUCGUCGGCUCCUCCAUCCCAGCGACCGCCAAUGAAUGGGGCUAUGAGGCCAGGCAGAAUGCCACCGGCCGGAGCUAUGCCACCGCCGGGGAUACGUGGGCCUCUGGGCACGCCAGCCCGUUCGCCGGGGGCGCUGGCUCCUCCCAGGGCUGCCCGUGAUCCUUCUUUGGAGGGCCUGAAAGAGUUCAGUCACCUCGUUAUGUACGAUGAUGCAGCGGAUGGAGCAAUUCCUCAUGUGAACGGCAAUGCCAAUGGCUACUCAGAUACGACUCCUGGAUCUGCAGCAGCUUCCGCCGACUUGGCGUUGAGGGAACGAGAGCUGGCCCUUCGACAGCGGGAGCUACAGAUCAGAGAGCAGGAGAUGCAGAUGCGACGAGGUGGCCGGAGGGGCCCUCCGCCACCAAGAUCGACCUUUGACGAAGACGAUGAAGACGAUUAUUUCGAUCCCAUGGAUGCUCCACCGAUGCCGAAUAUCGAUCCGGAUAGUGUUGACAUGAUGAGCAUCACAUCACGCAGGACGCGCAAGAUUCCGAAUGCCAUUCAGAUGCGCAGGAACCCUGAAAUGGCCUUGAGUAACAGUCGGCCGGGUUCGUCUCUGAGUCGAUACCUGGGAGGUGGUCGCAGGCGCACGAGCGACCGCAUCAUGCAGGAGAUUCCAGGUCUGCACGACGCCAUCAUCGACAAUCCAAUGAUGGCGUACUCGUCGAACAGAUACGGCUCGGUUGACCGACAGCAGAUGCAUGUGGAGUCGCGGGCGAACUCACUCACUCCCAGCCGGGUUGGUGACUUUCCUCCAGGGCCCUAUCCCCAGAGCCGGAGGAACAGCCAAUCACCCGGAACUCCCUUGGGGCCCCCUGGUCGUGGAGUAGCUGGUCGUCCCAUGCCUGGUGGUGAUCCAGGCUAUAACCCAUCCAACGGUCCUUCCUAUGGCCAACCAUCCCCACCCGGAAAUAUGCGAGCGCCCAUUCCGAGGUAUCCCUCUGGGCCUAGUAACACUGUAGGCCCCCAGCAAUUUGAGCAACAAUAUGGGGUGAGCAACCCGUAUCCCGCCAAGGGUUCUCCAAAUAACAUAAGUCUGACCGGAAGUGCGAGCGCCAGCGCGGGGAGUGGUGAUAGCGGGGCCAGCGCGAAUAUUGACUCCGAGAACUCGGCCCAUAGUAGCCAAAUCAGUGUUGGCGUUCAAAAGCCUGCGAUGCUCGUUCGCUGAACGAUGAACCUGACUGAUCCGACUCCGUUGAGGUUGUCUUGUGUUCUACUUAUUUGUCGCUGUGUGUCUGGACUUUCUCUUUCCACUUUCUUACUCCUGAAUUGGAUUAACGCAUUGCUACUCUUUUGAAAUGACUGCUAGCCCAUUUUGCAUUGCUACUUGCCUCUUCCAGAAGUGCGUUUUGCGCUUCUGAUGACAUUCUCAAGGAAAGGAGCAGAAGGGAAGGGGCCGAUCUCACAUAAUAGUCUGCUGUUCACCUGUUUUAAAUAUACCUGAGUCCAGAGGGAUGCGUGCGGACUCUGAUUUAUGUUUCCGCCUUUUGAUGUUCAUGUCGCGUCGAGAGUGUUUCGGUUGUGCAUGUGGAUUGAUUUCUUUUCCUUCAGGUUGCAUGAUGUGUUCCACUUGAGACUGAGCAAGGGAAUUUACCUGGGAGUUCCCCUGUGUUAUGUUUAUACAGUUUAUAAUGUGCCCCGGCAUCCAUUCCUCCUACACCCGGCCAUACAUCCAAUCUUCCGGCAUGACAGAUCUUGACGGAUCGUUGCACCACUGGAAUCGGUACCUUUUGGCUCUUUUUUGUGUGUGCCUUUUCUGUUGUGUGUACCCUUCUUGUUUCUGCAUGGUUCCCUCUGUGUGAUGCCUGGUCCUCUUCUUGUGCUUGUCAGAAUAACUGUUUUACGUGGCUUGGCUCGGCUGCCAGAUGAUCUCUGCUUUUCCCCUUUGGUUUUCGGCGCAUUGAAAAGAAUGGGGGAUUUUGUCUUGAUUAGAGCGAUUAAUUGUGAACCUGACUUGGUUUGGCCAGUUCACCAUUGUCUCUGGGAAUUAAUAAUAAUGAAGCCGCGUUGUACUACCGUUGCAACCUGCGCAUAUGGUGAUUGUAGUACUGUCUUAUUUGACAUGGGUUAUCAAUUAAUGACUAUUGAAAG